AUAACAAGACGCAAGAUUAGUAGCGAUUAGGAAGCAGAGAAGAAAGACAAGUUAACAUUUCAAAACCCCUAAACCCUGAUUUUCUGUCAAAACAAAAAUGGCAGCUUACUCCGCCAUGUCGAGAAAUUCAAGGACUCUCAUUCGUUUAAGUCUUUGUCAAUGGAGGUCCUUCGCUACUGCUGCUGCUUCUACUUGCUAUUCAUCUUAUCUCCCAUCAUCUUUGUUGCAACGCUCUAUCCCUCUUCGAGGUCAGGGAUUCAACACUUAUGGAAUCUAUCAAAGAUAUCUCUCUACUGCUUCGUCCUCUUCUUCUGGAGGUCCUCAAAGCUCAGAAGUAAAAAACUCUUCCAGUACUGAUUCUGGUGAUGGCGGCAACUCUCAACAAGCUGGUGAUGCGGGUAAAUCUAUUCGUGGAUCGCCUGUUUCGUGGAUGAGCUUCUUUUUGUUACUUGUUACGGGAGCAGGGAUUGUAUACUACUAUGACAAGGAAAAGAAGCGACACAUUGAAGAAAUAAGCAGCUCAUCAAAUGCAGUCAGACAAGGUCCAUCUGUGGGCCAAGCAGCUAUCGGAGGCCCAUUCAACCUUAUUAACCAUCACGGGAAACCUGUCACUGAAAAAGAUUUUCUGGGUCAAUGGACAGUCUUUUAUUUUGGCUUUACUCAUUGCCCUGAUAUUUGCCCUGAUGAGCUUUUCAAGCUUGCUGCUGCAGUCGAUAAGAUAAAAGAAAAAUCAAAAAUUGAUAUUGUGCCAGUUUUCAUCUCUGUUGAUCCUGAAAGAGAUACCGUUGAGCAAGUCAGAGAGUAUGUAAAAGAGUUCCACCCAAAAUUGAUUGGACUAACUGGUGAUCCCGAAGAGAUACGGAAAGUUGCUCGUGCUUACAGGGUGUACUACAUGAAGACAACAGAGGAAGGCUCAGAUUAUCUUGUCGACCACUCUAUAGUCAUGUACUUGAUGAGCCCUGAAAUGAAGUUCGUAAAAUUUUUUGGAAAGAACAAUGAUGUUGAUGGACUUGUUGAUGGUAUGAUCAAAGAGAUAAAGCAAUACAAGAAAUAGGCAUUACAUGUUAGUAUCUAAAAACUUGAGGCGUUUGUUCAUUUCCGGGAUGAUAUUUGUUUUGCAAUAUGGAUAAGUUUUGAGAAAAUAAUGUUGAUGGGUAUUUUUCUACUUUGUUCAAACUGGGAGAUGAUGAAUAGACUCAACUUCUUGCCUCCAAAAGUAUCUUUCCCUUGUACACUUGGAGCAAAUGCAGUGUUGCUAGCAUAUGCAAAGUCAUGUACUCUGUAAUCUAGCCAUUUAGGAGGGAGUCGCUUCUUUUGGAUUGCAAAACUGGUUUGGUCAUUUCUGAUAUCUCUUUACAUUAUGUGGACACAGAUAGUUCGGUUCUGUAACAAAUUUGAGGAUGCUCAUAUUUUUUUCUUUGUUGGAAUAAUACAAUGUUGAGGGCCUGGAAACCUGGUUGUAACCUUCGUAGCUC